UGAAAUCAAAACUCUUUUCAUUGGACUCUUAACUGUUCUAAAAGACUCUAAAGGCAGCUAUGGCGAGCAAGUUUAACAUUGAUAUCAAGGGCUGUAGUGGAACUGUAGUUGUAGGGGAUAGCUCUAGCUUAACAAUACAUCAAAAGAGAGGAGAAACGACAGUCGAAACGAGCUCAAGUACUCCAUCACAAGAAACUUCUCAUGUCAGUGUUGGUGUCCAGGAAAGCAACCAAACACAGUACAUAGACACUGAGACUUCUGACUUCAUCAAAACCAUCAAAAGUGGUUAUGUCCUGAUAAUCAACAACCAGACUUUUCACCUCAGGUCUGAUGUGGAGCGCAAAGGUUCAGAACAAGAUGUWAAAAAUUUAAAGUCAAUGUUUGAUGAUUUCGGUCUUCAUCCUGUGAAGGUGGUYCAAGACYUAACCAGUACACAAAUUCAGGAACUKCUUGUAGAGACUUCUGAAAAGGAUUUCAGUAAAUAUGAUUGCUUUAUAUGCAUAAUCCUGAGCCAUGGUUCAUCAGAUGGGAUAUAUGGAGUUGAUGAAGGGGUAAUUCAAAUUGAGGCAUUAACCAGCAAGUUUCGCCGAAGYCCUUGUCCUUCCCUAGCAAACAAGCCUAAAAUAUUCUUUAUACARGCGUGUAGAGGAUCCCAACAAGAUAUUGCACCAAUAGAGAGCGAUAGCGAGCCAGUCCCAAUGCAUUACAGUGGUUUGCCAUCUGAUGCCGACUUUUUGAUAUGCUAUGCAUCGUCUCCUGGUUACCAGUCCUACAGAAACCCAGAGAAAGGAUCAUGGUUUAUUCGAAGUAUUGUAGAUGUAUUUCAGAAGUAUGCAGACAAAGAACACAUAAUGGAUAUGAUGAUAAGAGUCAACAACAGAGUAUCAGCCUAUUUCAGCAGUCAGGGACAUAARCAAAUGCCUUCUGAGGUAUGCAUGUUGACCAAGAAAUUUUACUUCAAACCUCCACAGUGAAGGACAAUGGAUGGCUCAAACUGCUACGUAGAUGUUUCACAUUUCAUAAGUGCAUGCAGGAUGCCUCAUAAAAUUGUUGACACUACUAGAGCUCUAGUGGAAGUAUGUUAUGGAAGGGGUCUGAAUACCAAAAUACUGCCUUGCAACAGAAAUUGAACAUACAAAUUAAUAUUAGUUAGCUGUGUGCRCACAGGGUUUAUACUACUACUUAAAGUCCAGAAUUGAAGACUUUGUUUUCAAGGGCACUUUAAAAAACAAUUGAAAAUCUGGAAAAUUGCAAAAACUUCUGGGAUACUCCAUGAAUGUUUGUAAUCUACAAUUGUUUUAAGUUUUUGUUGARAUCUCAAGACUGUUAUUGUARUGGCUGUAGCUGAAAAGGUCCCAAAACAUCAGACAAAGUCUUAAAAACAGUCCUUAAAGUCAGAUUAUUUUGCUUGUAAAGCACUUGAAUGUCCUGGAGGUUUUUACAUUUAUUUAGAAAGAAACUCCCACACAUUUAUCUGUGAAACAAUGCUGCACAGUAGGUGCUAAAUUAUGUMAUUUCCUUUAAUGCUCAUGUUAUAAAAAACAAAAUUUUGUAAAGUAAUGUUAUCAAACUAUGUAAGAGUAACUAUGUUAUAAAUAUAAUAGACAAACAAUAGUUUUAUUUGGAAGAAAUGCAUUUAAAUACUGAGAAUGAUAAAAAGAAUUCAGUGUAUAAAGAAAGCUGUGAUAGAAAUAGCUCAGCAUUGACAAGGUUUCAAAAUGCCAUAAAUUACAAAACUAUGCAAUACUCUAAUUACAUUGUUUUCUUUGAAAACUAAUAAGCAGGAUUUUUUUACAAUCUGGUUUAAGGAAUGUGCAUAGUAUAUCUGGAGGCAUGUUUUGAGUAAACACACUUAAUCCAUGUAAAGCUAUGCAAAUYUAGUUACUUAUACAAUAAUGAAAGCUUGUCACUCUAA